CUCUCUUUUCUCUUCUUUCUAUUUUUUCCUCUCUCUCUCAAGAAGAGGAGGGAGAGAAUCAGAAAACCCCCCAAAAUCAUUCAUCCCACAUUUCAUCUCUCUCUUUCUCUCUGUUUCUGCAUUCUUGAAUCUUCAUUGGAGAAGAAAAGACUAUUCAAGAAAGUUUUCUGGGUUGAAAACUUGCGAGAGAGGAGAAAAAGGGAGAGUCUUUGGGCACAGGAAAGAUGAAUGUCAUGCGUCGUCUCAAGAGCGUUGCUUCUGGUCGCUCUUCUGUUUCAGAUCCUGGAGGGGAUUCCAGCAUAAAGAGAGUGAGAGUUGAACAAGACGACGACAGGAGGAUUGCCGGUGAGCCUGAGGUGGAACAACAAGGCUUCACUGCUGCUCCUAUGCAAGAAACCAUUUCCACAUCUCAGGAAGAGGUCUCCGGUGCAUCAAUUGCAGCAAGACCCGAGCUUUCCGGAUACGAAGAGCUCCCAAAUGAAAUGAACGAAAUGAAAAUUAAAGACGACAGACUUGACAACCAGAACAACCUAAAGGAUAUGGAACCCUCAGUUGUCAGCGGUAAUGGAACUGAAACAGGCCAGAUAAUUGUAACUACUGUAGGUGGUGGCAAUGGACAACAGAAACAGGCAUUGUCAUACAUGGCGGAGCGUGUGGUUGGCACUGGUUCUUUUGGAGUUGUUUUCCAGGCAAAAUGCCUUGAAACUGGCGAAGCUGUUGCAAUAAAAAAGGUGCUCCAGGAUAGAAGAUACAAGAACAGGGAACUCCAGAUCAUACGCAUGCUUGAACAUCCUAAUGUUGUUCCAUUGAAGCAUUGUUUUUAUUCAACAACUGAGAAUAAUGAUGUUUACCUUAACCUUGUCUUGGAGUAUGUUCCUGAAACGGUUCAUCGGGUGUCAAGACACUAUAAUCGAAUGAAUCAACCCAUACCCGUCAUAUACGUGCAACUGUACACGUACCAGAUUUGCCGAGCUUUAAAUUACAUUCACAAUGUGAUUGGAGUGUGUCACCGCGAUAUCAAACCACAAAAUCUAUUGGUUGAUCCUCAUACUCACCAGCUUAAGAUUUGUGAUUUUGGGAGUGCAAAGAUGUUGGUGCCUGGUGAGCCAAAUAUAUCAUACAUUUGUUCCCGCUACUAUAGAGCCCCGGAACUGAUCUUUGGAGCUACGGAAUAUACCACUGGAAUAGACAUGUGGUCUGUUGGCUGCGUAAUGGCUGAACUACUUCUUGGAAAUCCGUUAUUUCCUGGCGAAAGUGGAGUUGAUCAACUAGUUGAAAUCAUCAAGAUUCUCGGGACCCCAACCAGGGAGGAAAUAAGGUGCAUGAAUCCAAACUACACGGAAUUCAAGUUCCCUCAAAUCAAAGCUCAUCCUUGGCACAAGGUUUUCCAUAAAAGAAUGCCACCCGAGGCAGUUGAUCUGGUUUCAAGACUGCUGCAGUACUCACCGUCUCUGCGCUGUACUGCUUUGGAAGCUUGCGCACACCCAUUCUUUGAUGCUCUAAAGGACCCAAACGCGUGCUUGCCAAACGGGAGACCUCUGCCUCCAUUGUACAACUUCACCCCCCAAGAGCUCGCUGGUGUGCCUGCUGAACUGCAAAACCGCCUUGUGCCCGAGCAUAUGAAGAAAUGAAAGAACACAUUUUUUUGAAGAGGUGCUCUCAUUGUGAUGCUACACUGCCCAAGCAGGAAAUGGUCAGAGUCCUAUCUGGGAAUGGCAAUACUUCUGGAGAAGGCAACGAUGGAUCGUGUUGACCCAUCAAAGCAGCGGGCAAGACUCGGGCAGAGGGAUCGGUCUCUGGGCAGCGACACUUUCUUGUAUCUAUAGUUGUUUCACUUUCCAUGCAGUGUAUAUCAUCAUCAACAUCAUAACAAGAAGUGUUAGAAGUUCUUUAGUGGGCAAUGAAUGUAUGGGUUUUGGUUUGUGAGUAUUUGGUUGCCAUUGCCAACUUGCUUCUGGUUUUUUACUCAUCUCACAGGCUAUUGUGAAGUUUUUAUUUAAUUCAUUUUUUGAAUGAAUUAAUGCAAUUUUU